AUGGUCGCGUCCUCACAUAUUAGCAGCAUAUCCUACGACGAGAUAAGUACGAUUCAUAAUGGAACCUCGAAUAUAUUAGCCUUGUAUUUAUAUACAGAGAAUUAUGGCUCGGACUCAGGUGGUGACACCGAGCCAGAUACACCAAGACCGACACUCCGGCAGAGCAGCAAGAAACGGAUCAGCGAUAUAUAUGGCGGCGAGAAUGAUGUACACUCUGAAUCUGGACGCGCUCCACUAAGGGCGGUUAACAUUAAUGACGACGCUGCCGAGAAGCGCAGGCGGAGGAAGAGCAAUAAGCUGGCUGUCAUAGAGAACGCGGAAGCGGGGCCGUCGACGGAGCGUCAAGAUCAGGCAGAAUCUUCCAAGGCUGCACAAGCAAAGCAGAAGCAGCAGCAGCUCAACUCUGUGGCCCCUCCUCCUGUCAUUAACGUACCCCUAGACGUCAUGAGCUCCAACUUUGAGGAAUGGAUGAAAAUGGCGACGGACAAUAAAAUCAACGCUGCGAACUCAUGGAACUUCGCGCUGAUCGAUUACUUCCACGACAUGUCGCUGCUCCGAAAUAACAUCGAUAAUUCCAUCAACUUCCAGCGCGCUUCGUGUACGCUUGAUGGCUGCGUUAAAAUUUGGACUAGUCGCGUCGACUCCGUGGGCACGGAAACAGGCAAACUGCUCAGCAACCUUGCCAACGAAGGCAUGGUCGGCGCAGAUGAUGAUGGAGCCUUGUCCGACAAUCCUGAUAGUCAAGACCCGACGCAGGUGAAGAAAAAGAAGAAAGCGCACCGACCCGACUCGACACUUGCUAAGGAUGCCUCACAGCUUCGGAGCAAGAAGCUGGAUCUCGAGUUCCGCGUUGACCCCCUCUUCCGUAAAACUUGCGCAGAUUUCGACGAGGGUGGCGCCCAGGGUUUGCUCAUGAAUCACCUCAGUUUGGGGGUUGGAAGUGAUGGUGGCAUGCGCGUCGUCUUUGACGCGAGUGAUUCCAUGGGCCGAGUGGCAGAUGAUGAGGAAGAUGAGGAGGAGCCGGAAGAAGAUGUGGACCUCAGUCACCUACGAAGCCAAUUUUUGCCUGACAUGGAGAUUCUCGAGGAUAAGGCGAUCUCUCAUUCACUAGCCGCCUUCUCGUUUGCCAAAGACAGUAACCGCACGUUUGACGACUCUCUUUACCGUGACGAUACAGUCGAUAAUGAUGACGACGCCAACGAUCCGGGUUUCGGAGACUAUGGCGCGAAUGACGCACCCGUGGACAUGGACGGUGAAGGCCAGGACUUCUUUAAGGGAGACCAAGCUGUCGACGACGAUUAUGAUGGUGGGGAUGCUUUUGGUGGAGCUGACUAUGGGGGUGGCGAGAAUGGAUCGGUCGGCGCAGAAAGUGAUCAACGACAUGAGGGACGUCCAGGAGGCGCAUUUCUUCCUUUCGACCCACGACGCGCGCCCAAUGACCCAGAUCGUGUGAUGGGCGUCACAGACGCAGAUGGGGAAAACGCAAUCAUGGGUUACUUUGAUCAGAACUUCAUGAAAAACUGGGCAGGUCCUGAACACUGGAAGCUGAGAAAAGUGGUUCGGAAACCGGAGGCUGACGCUCCCAAAGCCCGGCGAGAGAAGAAGGAAGCAUUUAAGAUCGACUUCCUCACGCCCGCUGAGAAAGACAUCAAGACGAUCGCAAAUGAGAUGUUUGCAAAAGUCACGCGGGGGGUUGGUAUCACUUUGCCCAGCUACGGAGGUUCAAAGACUGGCAAGAAGGGUCGGGGCAGCCGUAAAGCAAAGGAGGAGAAGCGUGAUGAACAUACUCUUCCUGAUGACAUGCACUUCUCGAGCAGGCAACUUGUUACCCUUUUCCUGAAGCCCAAAUUCUCCUUAAAGAUGCGUGGUCAACGUGUUAGGUUCAAUGAGAACGGCGAUGGGGAGGUUGACGAGCAGUUUUGGGCACAGGCCGCAGCGAACCAAGCUGCAGAUCGUGCUGCAGCUGAAAAUGAUGAAAACGGUGAUGGGCCCAAUAUACCCUUCAAUACUCAGUUCUUCGACAAUGACUAUGAUGAUGGUCCGGGCUUUGAUGAUGGUUUUGAUGGCGAUGGUGCAGCACUGGAGGAUGCUGGAGAGCAAGACCUCUUGGCUGCCACUCAAGGUCAAACGCGGCGGGUCCGACCAGAAUUCGUCAACUAUGCCAAGCGUGCCAAACGGGUGGACGUGAGGAAGCUGAAAGAAAACAUCUGGAAAGGCUUGGACAUUAAGGUCGGGCAACCGAAGGAUGAGGGAGAAGACGACGAGAUGGAUGUUGAUGACGAGCCUCUCACUAACCCUACAGAACAUAGAGUUUUUAGUUCAGUGAUAUCCGGUCUGCAGAAAUCGUAUCCAAAAGAGAAGAUGGAAGAGAUCAGCACGAGCUUUUGUUUCAUAUGUCUAUUGCACCUUGCUAAUGAGCAGGGACUGAAGCUACAGACUUCUCCCGACUACCGGCUAGAUGAAGAGGUUGAAGCUGAGACUGAAGCCGCGGACUCCCAAGACAGAGAUAGAGUGGGAGAUAUAUGGAGUUUGAAGGUGUUUAGGGACCCAGAUGCCACCCCCGCUGCUUAG